GUUACUUGUAUAAGUCUUUGCUAGCUCUGCCGGGGCUAAUCAUCAACGAUGCUGUGUUUUCUAGCUUACAUGUGUGUUGUCUAUGAAAUUGGAGUUAAUAAACAAUUAAUAUACUAAUAAAAUCAUUGUCGUGUUACUAAAUAGAUUGUAUAUUUUUAGUUGCUACCUGCCAUGGCUAAAUUAAGUACCAUCUAAAUCUGUUUUAGUUCUGUACUGAUAUGAAAACAACCAACCAUGGACAUCAGGGUUUUCUUUCAAAGAAAAAACACAGCACAAAGAGAGAGGAACAUAGAGGGAGACAAAGAGAGUGAGCAGAAUGAGAACAGCAGCACAGAGACGGAACAAGAUCCAGGUACUUGGCGUCACUGAAGGCCUGCACCGCUACCUGCAGGGAGAAAGGCUAGACAUGGGCAAAGCUGUGGAGUACAAGAUGUCAGUAGUUGAUACACUCACAAAUCUGCGCACAGAGGCUGCUGCUGAGGAAAUAUUCAAGAAGGCCAUGGAUGUUUGCAGGGACUGCAACAUCCAGAUUCCUCAGGGACCGCGGCACAAGCAGAGGAGACUCGAUGGCUUUGUGGUGGAGUCCAGCUGUGGCGCAACACCAAGUCUCACAAGCUCAGCAGAGUUUAGGUGUGAGAUAUUCUUUCCUUGUCUUGACCGAAUGUUGAAGGAACUAGCAGACAGAUUUUCAGGGGCAGGACAGAAAAUAAUGGAGGGGAUUCAGGCCUGCAAUCCAUCUUCCCCAACAUUCCUCUCUGAAGAUGCCUUAAAACCCAUUGCAGCCCACUACCAUGUGACCAUAAAGCCCGAAGAACUCCUUGUGGCAAAAAACUUCAUAAAAAGAAAAAUGGAAAAAGAGGACAUUCACAACAUUACAACAGCCUUCCACUUGCUGGAUGAGGACAUGUUUCCAACUCUGAAGGCCAUCUUUAGAAUUGCGUUAACCAUUCCUGUCAGUAGCUGCAGCUGUGAGCGUUCUUUUAGUGCCCUGCGUCGUCUCCACACAUGGCUAAGGAGAACCAUGGGACAAGAGAGGCUGAAUGAUUUGGCCAUAUUAUCUAUUGAAAAGGAAUACCUUAAUAACAUUGAACCUGAAAAUGUCAUUGAUAGGUUCGCAACACUCAAGCCUCGAAGAUACAGUCUUAUAUUGCCAAAGUAA